AUGAAAGAAUUCAAAGAUCGGGUCGCUGUGAUAACCGGUGCAGGCAGUGGUAUCGGCCUCGGCAUAGCGCGGGCGUUGGCGGCGCGUGGCAUGAAGCUGGUGCUGUCAGACCUCAAUGAAGAAACCCUGGCGGCGGCUGUCGCUGAGUUGUCACCAACAACAUCUGUGGUGGGCCGCGCCUGUAAUGUUGCGGAGCUCGACUCGGUUCAGGCGCUGGCGGACUAUACGAUCGAGACCUACGGCGCGGUUCAUGUUCUUUGUAAUAACGCCGGUAUCGGGCUGCCGACGUCUGCAACCAAGAUGAAGCUGGAAGACUGGAAGUGGAUCAUCGAUGUCGAUUUAUGGGGUCCGAUAUAUGGAGUAAAGGUUUUCCUGCCGUUGAUCGAAGCGCAGGGAGAAGGGCACAUCAGCUCGACAUCUUCCAUGGCGGGAUUGCUUGCGGCGCAGAUGAUGGGGGCUUACAACGUUGCCAAACAUGGUGUGAUUGCAUUGAUGGCCUCUUUGGAGCGGGAACUCCGGGCGCGUGACAGUGCAGUGCGGGCAUCGGUUCUGUGCCCGGGACCGAUCAAUACCAAUAUCAGCCGUAACUCUGUCAGUUUUCGGCCGGGUCAAGCCAAACCCAAAACAGAUGGCGCUCGAUCAGGCAAACUGGCGAAGAACAUACAGGCGAGUCUGGAGCAGGGCAUGCAACCGAAUGAGGUGGGCGAGCUGGUUGCAAACGCGAUCGAGAACGACAAAUUCUGGAUACUCACCCAUCCCCACUGGGCCAAAGGCGUGCAGCGACAGCUGGAUGCGCUGCGCGAUGAUCAAACGCUGACCCGGGUCUAA